AGAGACACCCAUUAAUUAUCAGCUGCAGAUGUCCCUUUAAGGUUUGCUCUGCUGCCUGCAGACUUUAGCCUAAACACUAGCUGUUAAAGAUCUGACUUUAUUUGUACAUGUCUCUGGGCUCUUGGAUCCUGCCACGUGGGGGUUUCAAAGGCUGACAGCCCACUUCUUCAGAGAGGAUGGAGAGUGGGGGCUAAUAAAGGAGGGGGGAUAAUUCAUCUUGAUGUGUAGGGGGAGGAAAAGUUAAAGGGCUUGAACAACAAACAGGAAAUGCCUCACUGGACUGCUGUUGCUGCUGCAAAUGCAGAAGGGGACCAGAAGCAGCCAGAGGAACAGCAUUCUGGACUUAGCAGACGUUCUGUGAACAGCAGAGGUCCCCUUGCUGCUCUCCUGGAUAUCUGUCCUGGCUGGGUUCCUUUUGCUCUGCAACAAGGGUCUUCUCCUCUCACCUUCUCAGCAGCAUGUCAGGGCUCACUGUCCCAUGCUUGGUCAUCACAGCUGUGCUACAUCUCGCUGUGUCCUUCAACGUUGACGUGAAAGAUACAAUGACCUUCAGUGGUCCAGUGGAAGACAUGUUUGGAUACACUGUUCAGCAAUUUGAAAACGAAGAAGGAAAAUGGGUGCUAAUAGGGUCUCCCUUGGCUGGUCAACCCCAGAAGAAAACGGGUGAUGUCUAUAAAUGUCCUGUUGGCAGGGACAAUGGUUUGCCAUGUGUAAAAUUAAACUUGCCAGCGAACACAUCCAUUCCCCAAGUGGCAGAAGUAAAGGAGAACAUGACCCUCGGAUCCACUUUAGUGACCAAUCCCAAAGGAGGUUUUUUGGCAUGUGGGCCUCUUUAUGCUUAUAAGUGUGGACGCUUGCAUUACACAACCGGCAUCUGUUCCAAUGUCAGCUCCAAUUUUGAGGUUGUCAACUCUAUUGCCCCAUCUGUACAAGAAUGCAAUACCCAACUGGACAUUGUCAUAGUUCUUGAUGGCUCCAAUAGUAUUUAUCCAUGGGAGAGUGUCACUGAGUUUUUGAACAGUUUGCUGCAAAAUAUGAACAUAGGUCCCCAACAGACACAGGUUGGAAUUGUUCAAUAUGGAGAAAAUGUAACCCAUGAGUUUAACCUUAACACAUACACGACUGUGGAAGAAGUACUGGUGGCAGCUAAAAAGAUUGGACAGAGGGGUGGAACCCGAACAAACACAGCUCUUGGAAUUGACACAGCAAGAAAAGAAGCUUUUACAGAAGCUCGGGGUGCACGCCGAGGAGUACAAAAAGUAAUGGUAGUUGUGACUGAUGGAGAAUCUCAUGACAACUACCGCUUGGGAGAAGUCAUUCAGGAUUGUGAAGAUGAAAACAUUCAAAGAUUCUCUAUUGCAAUCCUUGGCCAUUAUAACCGAGGAAACCUCAGCACUGAGAAAUUAGUUGAAGAAAUCAAAUCAAUCGCAAGUGAGCCAACUGAGAAGCAUUUUUUUAAUGUCUCAGAUGAAUUAGCCCUGCUUACUAUUGUUGAAGCUCUUGGAGAGAGGAUAUUUGCUCUGGAAGCUACAAAAGACCAACUGGCAUCCUCUUUUGAAAUGGAAAUGUCUCAAGCUGGGUUCAGUGCCCAUUAUUCUCAGGACUGGAUCAUGCUUGGAGCAGUUGGAGCCUAUGACUGGAAUGGAACCGUUGUCAUGUUAAAGAAUACUGCUGCUCUAAUUCCAAGAAAUGACACCUUUUAUGAUGCAUCUUCAGAAAGAAAUGAACUCCUUGCAGCUUACUUAGGUUAUACAGUAAAUUCAGCCUCCGUACCUGGAGAUGUGCUGUACAUUGCUGGCCAACCUCGAUAUAAUCACACUGGUCAAGUCAUCAUAUAUAGAAUGAGAGGGGGAGAUAUAGAAAUACUUCAGCGGUUAAGUGGAGAACAAAUUGGGUCCUAUUUUGGGAGUGUUAUUACAACCAUAGACGUUGACAAAGAUACGUUUACUGAUAUUCUUCUGGUGGGAGCACCUAUGUACAUGGGGACUGAAAAGGAAGAACAAGGCAGGGUCUAUGUUUAUGCUUUGAACAAGAAAACAUUUGAAUAUCAGAUGACACUUGAGCCUAUAAAGCAAACAUGUUGUUCGCAACUGAAACACAGUGACUGCACAAAUCACAACAAGAAUGAACCUUGUGGGGCACGCUUUGGAACCUCCAUAGCGGCUGUAAAGGAUCUGAACCUUGAUGGGUUUAAUGACAUCGUUAUAGGGGCUCCUCUAGAAGAUGAUCACCGUGGAGCUGUGUAUGUUUACCAUGGCAAUGGCAACAUCAUAAGAAAAGAAUACGCUCAGCGCAUUGCAUCAGGUGGAGAUGGGGAAAAGAUGAAAUUUUUUGGACAAUCCAUACAUGGCGAAAUGGAUUUAAAUGGAGACGGAUUGACAGAUGUCACCAUUGGAGGACUUGGUGGGGCAGCCCUCUUCUGGUCUCGAGAUGUUGCAGAAGUGAAUGUGACCAUGAAAUUCAUGCCCAACAAAAUUAAUAUCCAGAAAAUAAACAGUGGCAUGGAAAAGCAAAGAAUAUUCAUCAAUGCCACAAUUUGCUUUGAAGUUAGAUUAAAAUCAAAGGAAGUUACAGUAAAUGAAACAAAUAUCCAGUAUUGGAUUACACUUGAUGCACAAAGAAAGUUGUCUCGAAGCCUUUUCACAGAAUCAUCCGAAAGGAAGAUGCAAAAAAAUAUCACAGUCAAGGGUUCAGACUGUGUAAAGCACAACUUCUACAUGUUGGAUAAGCCUGACUUCCGUGAUUCUAUCAAGGUUUUGCUGGAGUUCAACUUCUCUGAUCCAGAGAGUGGGCCUAUUCUUGACAACACAUUGCCCAACUCAAUAUAUGAAUAUAUCCCUUUCACAAAAGAUUGCGGAAGCAAGAAGAAAUGUAUUACUGAUCUACAGUUGACUGCCAAUGCAACCAUAGGAGGAAACAGUUUUUCUCCAUUCAUUGUCAAGCUGAACAACCUCAAGUUCUGGGUACAAAUGCUUGUUAGGAAUAAAAAAGACAGUGCUUAUAAUACAAGAGUCUUUGUUCAAUAUUCUCCCAAUAUUAUUUUUGUUGGGAUUGAGAAAAUACCCAAAGAUAGUUGUGAAUUUGGGCAAAACAUCACUUGUAAAAUUGGUUACCCAUUCCUAUCAACUGGAGAGGAGAUUUACUUUGAAAUAGCAUUCCAGUUCAAUGUGUCUUAUCUUCUGGAAAAUACUACCAUUCAGUUUUCUGUAACAAGUGACAGUGAUGAACAUGAUGAGACUCUAGAAGACAACAGAGGAAGUAUUGUAAUACCCAUAAAAUAUGAAAGUGGAUUAAUAUUCAAAAGGGAUCCAAGUUCAUAUCAUAUCAUCAUUGCUGCAAAUGAACAUUCUCCAGAAGUAUUUAAUUCCACGGAAAGCAUUGGAGAUGAAAUUAACUUAAACUAUAUGAUUGAAAGAAUUGAAAAAAUUGAAUAUUUGCCAAUGCCAGAACUUACACUGCAAAUCUCAUUCCCUCACAUGGACUCAGCAAAAAAUCCUAUCCUUUACCUAACCAGAAUAUCAUACUCAGAGAAUGUCCGGUGCCAAAGUAGCCAUCCCACUGACCCGUUAAAGAUCGAUGCUGCUGACAGUCCAUUUGUGGUGCCAAGAAUACAAAAGCCUCUAAAGGAUGCGCAAAUAGACUGUGAUUCGUAUGAUUGCAUAGCUAUUAACUGUACUGUGGCUCCAUCUGAUGUAACGCAGGUGAAUAUUUCACUCCGACUCUGGAAACGUACCUUCAUAAAGGCAAGCAUUCACAGUGCAGAGAUCACAGCAAGAGCAUUACUUCGAAGUGAAAAUUCAUUGCUGAUUUUGAAAAAAGAAAAUGAAAAAAUAGAGACAAGUAUUAAAAUCUCAAGAGAGCUUCUUCCUGGCCAUGUGCCCUUAUGGGUUAUUCUGCUGAGUAUAUUCGCUGGACUUCUGAUUCUUACACUACUUAUAUUUGCAUUGUGGAAGGCUGGAUUUUUCAACAGGCCAUUAAGAAAGAAAAUGGAGAAAUGAGAAGAAAAGUCCUCAAAGGAAAACUGUAGCAAUUCUACAAUGAUCAGUCCUCAGGUCUUCCUCAGAAAUGUGACUGUAAAAUAGUUGUGUUUUGUGGUCAUCACGUUUUCCUCCACAUCCACAGAGAAUACCUAACAUGUAAAGAAAAGAAAACUGACAAAUCAAAGGGAAACCAUGAGAGACACAGGGAGGAUAUAUUUUUUUUCUACUCUUUUGACAUGGGAAGGAAUGAAAGAUCCUUGCAUAUUGUUCCAUGUGACUUGGAGUGUGUGCGGGUGGGAGGGGGGUCUUCAUUUUGAAAUGGAAAUGCAACUGCUUUUGAAAUUGCGAGCAUUUUGAAAACAGUUUGGGUUAAUACCGGGAGAGGAAUGCAGGGUAGGGGGUGGGGGUACUAAUUAAAGAAAAGUUUUUUAAAAAUCACACUAUUUGGCUGCAGUCUUAGCACAUUUAUGAUUGCUUUUAAAGCACUACUUGAAUGCUGCCAUCGCAGUGCAUGUUCAUAGAAAUAAGUUCUACUGAACUCAGUAGGGUGUACUGUAUCUCAGAAUAAGAGAUUCGGCUGUCGGCUUGUAAUGUGCAUAGUAAACCUGACUUUAUAAACUUGUUCUUUCACUGUUCCAAGAUGGAGCUGCAGGGAGUGAAAUCUCUCGGUUUACUUCUUAUUUUCAAUAAGUAAACGUUCAAAGCUUGGUACUUGACUAAUCCUAUAUUCCACCGCUUGGAUAGACUAUUUUUAUUGUGUCAGAAACGACUUGAGAAAGAUACUGCAAGUCGCUUCUGGUGUGAGAGAAUUGGCUGUCUACAGAGACAUUGCCCAGGGGAUGCCCGGAUGUGUUACCAUCCUACUGGGAGGCUUCUCUCAUGUCCCUGCAAGCUAGAGCUGACAGACGGGAGUUCACCCCAUCUUGCAGAUUUGAACAGCAACCUUCAGAUCAGCAUGAUGAAAUCCGUGUUGAGAAGCUUGGCAUUGAAAACAGUUCCACCAAGGAAGCUUCCGUUUCUGCUAAAUGUAACUGGGGAAGACUUACAGUUCAGCAGCAGAGCACAUGUUUGCAUGCAAAAGAUUCCAGGUUCAGUCCCUGUUAUCUCAAGAAAUGACUGGGAAACCCCCCAUUCAGAAACCCUGUGCUACCAGUCAGUGCAGAAAAUACUGAACUAGGUGAAUUAAAGACACAACUCACUUUAUUAUUGUCUCCAGUGUCCCUAGUGCAGUAUUGUGUGCGUGCGAAAAUUAUGACAUAAAAAAGAAUUCAGUUCAUGUAAUAAUUACAUAGGUCUGGUUCAGAAACAGGAGGAGAUAAUUUUUUAAUACAGUUGUCCCUCCACAUUUACGAAAUAUUAUCUCAAGGAAUCUCUAGGUCCUCCUGUGUAACCCCAUGGCCAACGUCCUCCAGUCAUUUGGGAGAACUUAGUCCCCUUCUACACUGCCAUAUAAAAUCCAGAUGAUCUACUUUGAACUGGAUUAUAUGGCAGUGUAGACUCAGAUAAUUUAGUUCAAAGCAGAUAUUGUGGAUUAUCUGCUUGGAUAAUCUGGAUUAAAUGGCAGUGUAGAAGGGGCUUUAGAGAAUUCUAGAGGGAAUGCCUCCAGGGAUGUCUAGGUUCUCAAAUAUCAUUCUAGAGAUAUGAUGGAAGACUUAGAAAUUCAAAGAGAGAUGUUAUCUCAGGUAAAAAUACCCAGCAUGUUUUUAUUUGAGGAUUUUCACUUUCAUGUUAGGAAUCAGGUUAAAUGUAAUAGUCACAAUUCUGAAAAAAGAAAAAAGAAACCUCCCCUUUUACAGUUUACAAUUAUAUAUACAAAUGAUGUUGUUUUAGCAAAAUCCAACAUAUAAUUAUUUACAUGGCCAAUGUAGAUGUCAAAUGUGCAUUUCUGGCAUUUUCCUUUCCCCAUCCGCUAAGGUCAUGUAUGUGCACAGAGAAAUAGCAUUUAUGUGGUUUCACUGUAGAAGAAUUGUUUAGUUAUUUGAAAGGGUGAUUAGGCUUGCAUUCAACUUUUCAAAAACUCCAAAUGUGUAAAAAAAAAAUUGCUGCUUAUGAACUCCCUGGUGCUGGUGCGCAUAAUAAGACUGACUGUAAAAUAUCCUUGCAUUAAUCUGCCAGUUUAUUUGCACUGAGGUUUUCUGUUUGUUUAAAACAGCACCAAUGGCCCUUCUGAAUUCCUUUGUAUUUUAUAAGAUGUGCUCAUGGGGACUGCUGGGAGUCAUAGUCCAACAGGAUUUGAUAAAUCACGUGAAUUCUGCCCCUAAAUCACAUGAAUUCCACUCCAAUAGUCUGUGGCUCUGUUGGUAGAACACCACAGAGCAGGAGGUUUUGUGUUUGUUUCCUGAUAUACCAUAUUAUGAACCCAUGGCAGAUUUUAAAGAAUUUUCACAUUAUGAAGUUGGGAUUUCUGUAGUUGUGCCCAAGAUAGGAAUUUAUAGCGUGAAUUUAUCCCAGACACACAAUUGCAUUUGAAUAAACUGUAUUUUUUUCUGGUAGUGAUGUUUUUAAUGCUUGAAUAAACAGGAAUAUCUACACUGUU